UAUAUCAUUUCUCUUUUCCCUGCCAUUGAAUCAAGUUCAGUUUUCCUAUCCUUCCAAGCACUUAAGUUACAGCCUAUACGACUCACACCACCAAAGCCGUCAUGAUGAUGGACUUCUUCAUAGCCAGCAAUCACAACAAGGAGCCCACGCCCCCUCCAGAACCAGAGCCGGAGAAACCAGGAUUCAACGAUCUACCAAUGGAACUAUUGCUCAAGAUCAUGAAAAUGAUCUCGUUGGACGAUCGCAUUGCUGCUGGUGAAACCUGCCGUCGGUGGUUGGAAGCCACACACUACUAUACGCCCUUCAACGAGAAACUUAUCUUCCGCUUCACCAACAUUCACUUCUCAGAUUACGACCCGCCCAUCAAACACUUCGUCCACGCCUUUAGGAUCUUCCCACGGAUCGAAGCCACUUCGGUCACCUUUCUGGGUAACAGUGAUUUUUGGCCGGACUUUGGAGAAUUUAUUCUUGAGUUGACGCUGAAAAACUGCCUGAUUCGCGACACGGAGCUCUUCUGGGUUCUUCAAAAUGUACCGAACCUUCGGAAAUUGAAGAUCGAGUCCUGUGAUGAACUGUUUCGAAUGUGGCACUUCGAUAAGAAGUUUCUUUGUUGUGAAUCAAACUUCGUACUGGAGGAUUUGUUAGAAGUGUCGCUGGCGAACAACGAUUUCAUGGAUGAAACGCACUUCAAUUGGAUCAUGACAAUCUCGCCUAACAUCACUCAGUUGGACAUAUCCAAUUGCUUCAAAAUGGUAACUGCACAAAGGCGAGUUGCAAUGGUGGAGCACAUCAUGCGAUUCAUAAACAACAAACGAUUCCAGCUGGAAGCUCUGAAGUUCAGUGGAACGCUGUCUAUUGACGACAUCUGUCUCAGUACCUUGGCUAUAUUGGAUGGACUGCGUUUGGAAAGUCUGAGUCUGACAUUUUGUGAUAAAAUUCCACCGGCAAUUAUCGAUCUUCUGAGACGUCAACCAGACCUUAAGAUCAACCAAGCCCUGCAGUUUAAGUUCAACAAUAAGAAAACUGUCAAAACAAUGAAAACUCCAGGCUUUAUCAGUUUUCUAACCAGCCAGCCAAAUCUUGUCCAUCUAGAUCUUUCACAGUCCUUAGGAGUAACGGACGAAAUCAUGGAACUGAUCACAAACUAUCUACCGAAGCUGAAAACGUUAAAGCUACGCCGGUGCAUCCUCAUUACGGACGAAGGCGUCAUGGACAUUGUCAAACUAGAGCACCUAGAAGUACUAGACUUGUCCAACUGUGAACGAAUCUCCGAUCGUGCCAUGUUCAACGGAGUGAUCGGUCGUAAGAUCAAGAAUCUCAAAGAGCUGUACCUCUGCGAAUUGCCCAGCUUAAGCGAUUACUCACUGAUCCAGGUGACUUUGAACUUCGAAAUGAUUCAAAUACUUGAUCUCAGCAGCUCACCGAAUGCGGCCACCGAUGCCACCAUGCAGUACAUCAACUUCUACCUGGUGCACCUGAGACAGCUGAUACUGUACUGUUGUACCAAGGUGACCGAUGCUGGGCUAACGGGAAUCGAUCUGCCGUACAAACCGUUGGAAAUUUGGGACAUAUCGGAGUCGUUUUCCAUCGAUAGGCUGUUCAAACUGCGAGUGCUAAAUAUGAGUGGAUGCUAUAGGAUUACUGAUCUGGCCCUGCAGAAGGGAUUCAAGUUCGGAGAGCUGAAAGAGCUUCAUUUGGCGAGAUGUUCACUGAUCACGGAAGCGGGUAUUGCCGAUUUGGUAAUGAACAACAAAUCCAUCGAAUACCUGGACCUGAGCGAGUGCCCGAACAUCAACGACUACUGCAUCGAGCUGAUUGCCAUCAACCUGAAACGGCUGAAGACCCUCAAGGUCAACAAGUGCCCCCUCCUGACGGAUGACUGCCUGUGCAUCAUCAGUCUCAACUGCCACUACAUAAAGUUCUAUUACAGCACGUUUCCGUCAAUGGAUGCUUCAAACUGAGCCGCGUCGAGGAACGCCUAUUCCGGUUACCAACGAUGAGGGUGGUCAAUUGCAACAGUUAGUACAGCUGCUAGUAGUGAAUUAUGCUAAUUUAAUUGUUAUUUUUGUUCAAUCUGGUUUAUUGGAUAUAGCAAACGAAUAAAAGUACAAUUCUAAAUUUA